AUGUUGAUUAAUAUCGAUAUUUCAAGAGGUUUGCCGCAAAACAUAGGAAAGCUUGCCCAGAUUGUGAAAAUCAGUGGAAUUCUUUAUAUUGGCACAAACUACGGAGUUACUGAUUUCUCUUUUUUGCCAAAUUUGGAGGAAAUUGAAGCGACUGAUAACGAAUACAACGCGGCUAUAAUGGUGGGUGGAAACAUGAACUUCAAAGCUGAAGGGUUAAAUGCGCUGAAGAGAAUUCGUGGCGAUGUGCUCAUUCACACCACGAAGGAAUCAGACGUACCGCAUGAGACCAGGAAGCGUCUCAAAGAAAUAACCCAGGGUCGAGUAUUGUUUACAAAUAACGAGUGUAAAGGUGGAGAAGUCAAUGAGCAGUAUCUCGCGAAGUUGAGUGAUUUCUGUUUCGUUAUUGUUGGCGAUCUCAUUCUUCGUGGAUUGGAAGAGGGAAACACGGCUAUAAAGGAUCUGUCAUUCUUAGGAAUGCUUGAAAAUAUCAGCAAUUCGAGGGCUGAACAACCUAGCUUGAAAGUGGCUGCCAACGAAAACUUUGUUCUAAAAGGAUUGGAGGGAAUUCGAAAAAUUCAUGGCGAUGUUUAUGUCUCUACUCGGAAAGAAACAGAUGUUUCAUCUUUUUGGAAGUUAUACUUAAAACGCGCAACUGAUGGAAAGACGACAUUCCUGGUCGAAGGAGGAACUACUACUCAACCUGAAGAAGAAAAACAAAACGAAAUCAUCAGCGAACUCACGAAGAGCUCUACUACUUCAGCGGCACAUGAUGCUGAACCUGAUACAAGCGUAAAAGAAUCCAAACACUCUUCGAACUUCCGACAACAGCAUAACAGUGUCUAUUCACAAAAACAGUUCAUAUCGUGGAUCUGUACGAUAGGUUUGUGA